AUGACUGUUUUGGUUGAUCAGUCUUCUUCUAAAGCUGCUACGGAUCUCUUCGAUGAUUCGUUAUUCACUGCAUCUAUCACCAAUGAACUCGGCAAUGACUUAAAUCUGAAUAUUCAUUGCCAAUCCAAUGAUACUGAUUUGGGUAAGCAUCUGCUUCCAUUUGACAAGGUGUACAGUUGGAAUUUUAAAGUUAAAGACCAGACAAGAGUCUUCAACUACGAUGUAGAAUGGGGAAAUAAUGUCCAUGCUCAUUUUGAUGCGUUUGUGUUUUCAAGAGAUGAUUUUGCAGUUUCUUAUGGUACUCGCGCUUGGUGGGCGAAGGUUGAUGGCUUGUAUUCUGACACCCCUGACGGCCUUAAGUUAUUUUACAAGUGGUCCACCUAG